CAGGAACCUACUUCCUGCUGUACGACUUCAUUGACUACUUCGAAAAAGAUUCACCGACAGCGUUACCGCGAGAGAAAUUCCUUGAAAUAAUGAACACAAUAUUCAGUAAAGCAUCGGAGGCCGAACGUGAAACCAUAAUAUUUCAGUACACGAAUUGGGAGAGCGUUGCCGAUGGUUACCAGAAUCAAUAUCAGGUUGGUCAAGCGGUUGGUGAUCACUUUUUCAUAUGUCCAACAAACGAAUACGCUCAAGGAAUGACUGAACGAGGAGCAUCAGUAAAAUAUUACUAUUUCACUCAUCGAACCAGUACAUCGUUAUGGGGUGAGUGGAUGGGUGUCUUACACGCUGAUGAAAUUGAAUACAUAUUUGGCCAACCGAUCAAUAAAUCACUUCAGUAUCGAGAACGCGAACGAGAGUUGAGCCGUAGAAUGGUGCAUGCGGUUAGUGAAUUCGCUAGAACCGGCAAUCCGGCACCUGAGGGCGAGACAUGGCCUGAAUAUUCGAAAGAGAAUCCCGUUUAUUAUAUUUUUAACGCUGAAGACGAAGGUUCGAAAGGUGAUGAAAAGCAGAAAGCUGACAAACUGGGAAAAGGACCGAUGGCAACUGCCUGUGCAUUUUGGAAUGACUAUCUACCGCGACUACGAACGUGGGCAGAGCCCCAGAAUUUGCCAUGCAUGAAUUUAGAAGAUAGCAGCAGAACUUCGACUUCAACACACAUAUCCGCCCCAUCUAUGAGUAUUGCAAUGCUAGUUCUAUUGCUAGCUACACACCUAUUAACAGGGAUGUAAACACAUAUCAAUUUACACGAAAAAAAAUGAAAUAAAAAUAGUUAAAGUAAAUUUUAUUUAAAAAGAAGGAUAAAUGAGAAAAUUGGAAGAGCAGAAUUAUAUAAAAAAAAUAGAAAUGAGAAAUAUUAUGAUGAAGAGACAUAAUAAUAGACUAACGCACCUAAAAUAGUAGUUGAUAUUAUUAUGUUUGAUGAUUGCAAAUGAUGAACAAACAUUUAUAUUGCAUUAAAAGUAUUAUUUUUCAAUACAAAAAAAAAUUUAUUGACAAUUUUUGAAUGUACCUACACUGUAUAACGGUUAAAAUAACGAAAAGAAUAAAAAAGAAAUAUUUUUGUUAUUUUGAUGGAAGCAACAAACCAAAAUAUAAAACGCAUAUCUUAUAUAAAAAUAAUGUAAACUCUAUUUUAACGAAAGAAAAAAAAAGAAUAUUUAGGAAAGCUUUAAUAUAUAAACAAAAAGAGAAAAUCUAUAAAGAAAAAUUUUAUGUUUUGCGAAAGCAAUGUUAGAUGUUGUUUAUUGUAACAGAAAAAUGUAGAGGAAUUCUAAACGAAUUAAACAAAACAAAAACAAAAAAAAAAUGAAAAUUUCAGUUAGUUUUAAAUAUUUCGAAAAUUUUGUUUAGUUUUCUUUUUCUUUUUGUUAAAUAUUUUUCAGUUUUGAUUGCCAUUUGUUGGAGGGCAUAAUUCGUUUGGCAAUGAUGCAUUUCGAUUAAGUUAAAGUUCAUUCCGCAGAACAUACCAAUGACAUCCGCGAGAACGCAAGAAACUGCGGUGUUUUGAUUGAAGAAACUAAAGCGAAAACUUGUCAUCGCUACUACACAUUACAGCCUACACGAUAUUAAAUAAUGUGCGUUUUAUCGAGGCGGGAUAGCCAGGAAAGUAAGCUUUUUUUACUCCACAUGGAUAUUUUAAAUGACAUUUCUAAAAAAAAGCUCAAAAUUCACAACAGCUUUCUAAAGCUCACAAACCUUUUCUGGCAUUGGAAAUAACAACUGCAGAGUUUGCAAUCUAAGCGUUUGAUUGUUCAUGAUUCUGUGUAACAAUAACCUAUAUCGUCGGAUGCAGUCAUGUACUUCUAAAGAGGUUGUCAGGUUAUCAAACUCUUGUUUUUUGUGACUCAAACACAUAUACGAAUGUGUGGAACAUAGCGGUCUAAUAAAAAUUUAGCGCCACUUUUAGAUGUUUAUGACUGUACUUAGAAAUUCCAGACAAUUUCGAAUUUACAUUUUAUGGAAUUUGUGCGAAUAAUGUGGCGAUUGGUAUAGAAAUGCAGAUGCGCGAUUAAUUUUGAUUAACUUUGAUGAAAAUCAAUUGAUGAACGGACCAAAUAACGAUAUUGUCGAACAGCAAACUGAACCAUACUGAAAAAUAUCUGACGAAAUUUAAGUGUUAGAGUCUUGCUAAUUUUAGAAAAGCGAAUCUGAUUCUAUUUAGGGAUAAAAAAUCGAAACAUUUUUAUUGGCGAAACAAUUUUUUAGAAAUUUUUUUAAGAAUGUUUAUACUCAAAUUAUGUGUGCAUAUCGUUUGAAAAAUUAAAAGAAAAAUUAUUGGGUGAAAAGUGCAAAGAGUUUUUUUUUUGUAUGAAUUUGCAAGUUUUUUUUAGAAACUGAUGUAAAAAAAUUGAAUUAAAAAAAUGAAAAAGAAGAAUUCUGUAAAUGAAAAAUUAAAAAAAAUAUUUCCAAAAGACCUAAAUUUGUUGUCCAUAGCAAAACUCAGUUUCGAUUUUCGUUAAAUUUUUUUGUAAACUUAGAAUUGAAUGAUUUUGAACUAAAUUUUUAAAUGUUGACCUAAAAACACACAAAUAUAAUGCAUACAAUGCUCGCUUUUUUGUACACAAACUGUCUCGGGACAUAACUCCUGUGCAACCGAAACGGAAAACCAAUGAUCGACGAGGAUAAUUUUGUGUUUUUGUGUGCAAUUUGGUUUUGAUUGUAUACAAAAUGGGCUCUUUGUGUUAUUCCGGUUCCUACAAUUGUUUUGGUUUCUUCUUAAAAUUCAAAACAUUUUCAUAAAUUCCACGAAGUUAGUCAAGAAGUUUAUCGAAGGACGUCGUCCUCACAAAGCUGAAUUAAAGCGAUAUAAAAAUAUGUUGGUCGGGUUUUAAUUCGAAAUUCACGUAAUUAUUUAACAAAUGAAGAAAUAGAUUGAUACUUUUCUACCUUUUCGAUACUCACAUGCGACUCUGUCUCACAAUACCAAAUCGAACGGACCUAAGUUUUCACUCGUUGAACGAAAUAUGAGGACGGCAGGAUGUAAGUGUAAGAAUUCGGAGAAUUGAAAUUCUGAAAGUAUUGUUUCGACGAUGAGAUCAAUGCAUGUUUGUGACUGUGACUGAUCGCAUAAAUCUUCUUAUUUUACGAAAAUAUAAAGUUUGUACAGCGAGCAAAUUACAACUUUCAGCAUUAUAAAUGCAAAUCUAUUUCUAAUCUACGUCACAUGAGAUUCAACAUUACGACAUGUUCGUAUGAUACGUCAAUAUCGCCUUUCGUUCAGUUGUAUGCGAUUUCAAUCCAUACCAUUUCACAUGUGACAUAUGAACACGUGCUGUACCUGAUGUAAUAUAGAUAUACGUCAUGCAAAUUGAAUCGACAUUGCAUACAUCAUUAGAAGGUAUAGAAUUCAGCGGAAGCAAUCGAAUAAGAGUACGUCGAAACUAUCUUCUGGGCUAAUUUUUGUAAGGUUUUAAAUUUCAAUGAUCAAAAUUGGUCCUAUUCCGGUUACAAUUGUCCUACAUUACAAUCGUAUUUUAUUACAAAAUUUAAAAAAAAAUGGAAGAAGCGAAACUUAAAAAAAUGAGGAGAGCUUAACACACAAAACGUGAAAACCUAUACGCACUAAUAUACUAAAGUGUAACACAUACAUUUAUCCUUGUGCAAGAAAAACCAAUAAAAUGAAUUCUAUUUAUUACCAAAACAGAGAGAAAAAUAAAUGGAAAUUGAAAAUAUAAAUUAAAAGAAAAAUUAAAAAAAAAAAACAAAUAAAAAAAUGAAAUAAAACGUAGAUGCUGUUAAUAUUGUAACUUAUUCUUAUGGACGAAUUCGAUCGUCAAAAUCACACAAUAUUUUAUUUUUUAUGUUAUACCUAAAAUAUUUAUAUAUUUAAACAAAAAGAAGAAGAAAGAAAACAAAAAAUAUUUAAAAAAAAAACUAAUUUAAAGAUAAAAAAAUAAAAUGAAUUUAUAUGAAAUUGUUCUUUAGACUACAAUAUAUAUAAUAUAUAGGACAGUAAAUUGCGACUAUUUUAGCGACCGUAGAAAAGUUAUUUAUCACAAUAUAGAUACUACAAUUAUUUAGAUAUACAAGAGAAGGAAUGAUGAUGAUACACUUGACUAUUUAUAAUAAAAAAAAACUAUUUUUUACUGAUAUAAACUUAGAUUGCACAACUGAAACUUAUUGAAUGAGAUUUAAAGAAAAAACCGAACAUUGCAUAUAGCAUAGAAGAUACACAGAAUCAGAAAACACAAAUUUUUUUCGAUUUUACUUUUCUUUCGUUCGUUACUAUCCCGUAUCCCUAAAAUGCCGCUCAUCAAUAUUUAAAUUUCGACUUUUACUUAACAUCGACACCGUACUAUACCAUAUUAUAUCGCUGAUAUGUUAUCGAUCGAGUGAUUAACAUCGUUUUUAAUUCUGAUUUUUUGUUACUCAGUGAUAAGAAUUUUGGUUAUUUUUUUUUUUUCGUUCGACCUGUUAAGGGUAGUUCUCUCGUAACAUGGCCAUACACAAUCAUACACGGAGCUGAAACACUCAUACACCCACCUCGUUUCUAUUUUUAAAAAUGAGUUGAGUUUGGUGAAAUGCAUUUAUUUACUCCUCUCCGGAAGUAGUGAUCUGAUCAAUUCGAUGAGAACACUAGAGUGCAGAACUUCCCUACCAAAAGUGACCACAAAACUGAAUUUUUUCCAGUUGUUCCAUGUUCAAUGAAUUUCGUUAUGUAUAAAAUACGAAUUUUCGCAAUUUUUAUUCGAUUUUGAUGAGUAGCUAAAGUCGAAGCGGCACAGAGUCUCAAAACAUUCUAAAAAAAGGAACUAAGGAGUCACUUUUAAAAAGAGUAAACAGGAACGACGAUCUGUUUACCGGUACUAUAGUAAAUAGUCAUUGCAGAUAUGGACUUUGAUUAUCACUUUUCAAAUAUUCCUUACUUUUGUCAAAGUCAAAUAGACUCAACAAUUGUAUUUCUCCGAUUGAGUUUCUUGAACAUGGUUAUACGUUUGUCUUUAUUCGAUUAAGUUCAGAUGCUUGCUGCGGAAAAGACCAAAGUCAACCCUACGUAAAGAGACUCCUAAGAAUAAAUUAGCGUCUCUAUGUUAAUUCUGUUUAAAUCGGUGAUUCUGUCUGACAAACUUUCAGACCGACGACGUCUUGGAAACAAAAAAUUAGUUCAGUAGCUCAGUAACAAAACAUCCAAAAGAAAAUUCUUUUAAAAAUCGAAAUUUUAUUGAUAAAACACUAGCGUACCAUGCGUAUACUACCGCCAACAAAAGCUUGAUUCACACUUUUUCUUAGUUAAACCGAAACACCUAUUAUGUCACCCACACUGUAUACCUAAACAUCUCAUCCCAGACAUAAUUUAUUUCUCACUUGCAUACGCUUUAAACGAUUAUGGUUGUUAAACGUAUAAUACACACAAUUUAUCUUGUCUGUAUGCAUUAGCAUUAGUGCCUAUCGAAUGAAAAUCUUCAUAGAACUUUUUUUAUAUGAGAAAAAAAAAAUAUUUGACUAAACCAAAAAGAAGACGAAACAUUUUUAAUAUACACAAAUUCUGGAUGUAAUCUAAAUAAAUUUUUAAAUAAAUUUUUUUAUAAAAACUAAAGAACAAAAUCAAAGACGAAGAACACAAAAUGAAUGAAAACAAAAUUGGGAUAGAAAAAAGGAAUCUUCACGUGCAAGCAAAAUUCAAAAAUGAUCGAUCAAUAAAAAUUCGUUUUAAUUCGUUACACUGAGAUGAUCAUUAACCAUCAUUUUCCAUACCAAUCAGUUUUACCAAUAAAACCAUUUAAAAUCCAAAUGAUGAAUUUAGUUCAUUAGUCAUUUAAUUUUUGGGAUUUUAUUGAGUAUAAUCCAAAUGGUAUUACAAUUAUGAGUCACCACAGCCGAUACUCUAAUACCUAACCGUUCUUAUACAACAAAAAAAAUAUUAUUUUUUAAUCAGACAAUUUGGCGUCUUUGGUAUCCAUUAUAGUCGUUGUGAAAAAAAGAGCAAAAGACCUAAACUGAUUACCUUGAAUUUCUUGAGCCAGCACCGAUGGAUCUAAUUUUUUUUUUCAUAUGCUUUGAAGGCGAUUGGAGACCCGUACGUACCGAAUUGCGGCAAAAUUAGGUGGAUUCAAAAAACCAUCAUUACAUUUGGAAAGGGAUUGAAAUUACAUUGUCAUCAACAACAUAAUUGACAAAACCUUUUCGAAAUAGAAUCUAGGACUCUAAUCUCUAUCUAGACUCUGGUAAAACGUUUCCAAAAGUCAUUCUUAGAAACCUUAGUAAUUUCACCUGCUAUCGUUUUUGUCUCGAAAUGGUUGACCAAUACGAAGGCACUACACCGAUGUCGUUUUACAAUCAACAGCAGGGAAUUUUAGGUCUGGUAAUUCCGAAAAAAAUCGGAAAAAAGUUCCGAAAAAUUUGGAAAAAGUUCCAAAAAAAUUCGGAAAAAGUUCCGAAAAUUCGGAAAAAUUCUGAAUUUUUCGUAAUUUUCAGUAUGAAAAAUCGCAGUAGUAAGCUCUGAUCCACCAGUUAUCCGCCGGUAAACUGAUCUAUUUGUCGCGUUGUCAGACAUCCAAUUUUUCCAUACCCGGUAGUAAUAUUUGAAUCCAAUCUUCGAACUCUUUGUUUCAAAUUGCAAGUAAUAGGCCACACGCAGCCACUAACUCUAAUUCUUCGUACGGGUCGAGAACAUUCACUACAAUGAUCAAAGUAUAGUUUCUCGUUGAAAACUUUUGGCUGCACCGUUUAAGUUUGUUUUCUCAUUCAUUUUCAAUGUAAAAAUGGAACAUUAGAGGGUCUCGUCCGUGUAAAUUUCCCAUGGUAAAAUCGAAUACAGUUCAAUUCAAUACUCGACCACUCAAUAAGUGACAAAAAUAAUAUUAGUAUUAUCGGCGCAUUACCAUAACUGGUUAUUCAUUUUAUUCGCCUAACUUUCCAUAGUUUAACUUUAUGAUCGAACUCGCAAUAUACACACAAAACCAAACCAAUUUUAAUGUACAGCUACUUCGUAGAGAUAACGAGAAAAAAAUCAUUUCUGGUUUGGUUUAUUUUUGAGAGUCGUAAGUGGCUGUUAAAUCCAAAGUAUACACCAGAAUUAUGUCACACUAAGAUUUAUAUAUUUUGGUUUUCAUUGCACUGGCUCUCAGGUAACAAAUUUCUUUAAGUAAGAGAUAUUUUUAUCGCAACGAAAUGUCACUUCCGGUUAGAACCGGCUUUCGAAAUAAAGAAACAAGACUAGUAAAGUGAAAGUAAACAGACAGACAGCAAAUACGUCCAAACAAUCGAACUGUUUUGAAUUAUGACCGACAUCACUUACUACGUGCCAAGGCGAUUGUUUCUAUUUACACAGUCCUUAUAAUUACAAUUUCAUAGAUUCUUUCAUAGCAUCGAACGUGCUUUCGAAUGUUACAAAGGGUGUACAAGAAUCUACAAAUAUUUGUUGUUACAUUUCGUUUAACUUCUAAUGGAAAUGGUUCAAAUGCAGUUUUUCUCGUGUCACACUACCCGACUAAUCUCGGUAUAUCAUUGUUAAAUAGAUAUAGAUUAGAUCGGUCAGUGCUCUUCGAAUACCAUUGUAAAAAGUUUGACGUCAAAUUAAAGGUAUAUCCCACGUCAGCAAACCGAUUUUGUUGAUUUUGUUAUUAAUUGGAUUAAUUAUGAUAAUUAUGAUUGUCUUCGCAAAAAAAAAUUGGUUUCGAAAUUAUCAAUGGAAAAAUUAUACAGAAUAAAAUGAAAUUCUUUUUGGUUUGAAGACAUCCAGCAGAUGUUGCAAAAUAAAUUUGAAACUUAAAGUCGUAGUAAAAUAACCCGUAGAUCGAUUUUAUGAUUCCGUUUUGACUUGGUAAACUUUCAAAGCAAAUAUUUGAGCAGUUUCAAUCAGAUUUGCAGAGUUUAACGUUGUGCAGACAUUCAUUUUUCACUGCCCAUUCUCUUCUGAAAGUUUGAGUGUCCAAACUCUAAAAACCGGUCAAUCUGUGUCCGAAAUCUAAAACAAAAUCUCGACUGAAAAAAGUUACCGGCCCCUACCCAAAAUUUAAAAUAAAAAUGUCCACAACAAAACAAAUCUGUCCCCAAUCCUACCCCUUUCCCUGUCAGGAACAGGUUCAGUUAAAAAAAACAUUUACAUCCCGUAAAACUCUGGCAUUAUAAUAAGUGCAUUCACUAGUACUUAUUUGCUUUGAAAGCUUUCACUCAACUUAUGAACGCAAAUCGAUCGAAUUGUAAUGCGAGCACUUUAAAAGUUUUAUGAAAGAAAAAGUUAAAGAAUAUGAACACUCUUCACACACAUAUCGUUAUUCGGCCUACGUCAAAUACACAUAUCAAAUACCAAAAUGAAAAGUAUAGAUGAAGCUGCUUCUAAUAGAAUUAAAUUCACGGUUGAUAUUAGAUUUGCUUAAAGUAAACAAUAUUUUAGAGAAUUAGGUUAAAAUUAAAAAAGAAAUAAACCGACAGAUGAAAAAAUAAAUAAAUAAAGAAAAUAACCAAAAAGAACAAGAAGAGAGAAUACAAUUAUGUCUUAAACAGUCGUCGGUAUAAUAAUGAAAUAUCAUUUAAAUGACCUUAAAUAAAUUAGUGUGUCAAAUGUGUUAAGAAGCUAAAUGUUUAUCUAAUGUAUAUUUGAUAUAAAAA